GGCGGCAGUCCCGCGUUAGGCGCCGAGUCGCCCGGUCCGCCCACCUUUAUUCCGAAACCCGCCCUACGAGCGCAAUCCGCACGCACUCAUUUAUUUUCCAUACCCAACCAUCCUUUUGCCUUUCAUCCCCAAACUCUAUCUGCUAUAUUGGUUCUACCACUGCAACAGUCUCGCCUGUGCUAUCAUUAUCUGGACGCAACGUUCCUUUGUGUUGAAAACUCGGUCUAAGGCAAACGUGAAUUGAACCCCGGAUUAACCCCAAAACACUAGAGCCCUCGCGAAUUGUGUGUGCGCAUCGAGUUAAUACCGAGUCGUUGGUUUGAAUUCUUCGAGUGUUAACGUGUGCGGGUGUCGUGGCGGGUCUGGCGGGACGGUAGUCGCAUGCAGGGGCGCGCGGGCGCCGGCCCGGGCGGGCAACGCUCUCACCCGCGCGCCCUCCCGCCCCCCGUGCUCCCACCGCCACCGCAGUUCGCCACAGAGCAAGACGAGAUGCCUGCCAACCAGAUCGCACAGGUGAUUGCUCUGAUAUGCGGCCUGCUGGUCGUGAUCCUGAUGGUGUUGGGCCUGGCGUCGGCGGACUGGCUGAUGGCUGCCGGCUGGAGGCAGGGCCUCUUCAUGCACUGCAUAGACCCCGAGGCGCCCACGCCGCUGCCCUUUGACAUUACUGCACAGCCCGGCUGCUAUGCGGCUAGACCGGCGCCUUAUAUUAAGGCGGCAGCCGGGCUGUGCGUGGCGACCCUGGCGGCUGAUGUCUGCGGCGCGCUCCUCACAGGCCUAGGGCUCCGCUCCACGGAGAACCGCACAAAGUUCCGCUACUACCGAUUCGCAGUGCUAGCCAUGGCGCUUGCACUGAUGUGCAUAUUAAUAGCGCUAGUGAUCUACCCGGUUUGUUUUGCCGCAGAGUUAAAUUUGGGUAACCGGUCGGUGUGGGAGUUUGGCUGGGCAUACGGCGUGGGCUGGGGCGCCGCCAUCUUCCUCUUCGGCGCCGUCGUGCUGCUGCUGUGCGACAAGGAGAGCGAGGAGGUCUACUUCAAGCAGCGGAAAGUGGUGCAGGCGGACGGGGGCGCGCGCCCCUAGGGCCGCGGGCGCCUGCCCGACCUGGUGCCGUGAGGCGCGCCCCGGGGCUAGGCCCGCAGCCAGCGCCACGCAGCGGCCCCUUCAGUGCUCCCAACCCGACGUCCGACUAGUGUAGCGGGCGGGCGGGUUCGCUCAGCAGAUUCUCUGUUAGAUAAGUACAAUGAAACGGAGCACUGAACACGGGUCCGUACAGGUGUGUGAAUGCGAUCGUCAUCGGACCCCGGCAGCCUCGUCCGCCCCCCGAAAUCCGCGCAGGGCGGGCGCGGGGGCGGCGGCUGCCGGCGGUCGAAACAUCUUCAACGGUGAACCGCACGGAUAGCGUUAUCUUUUGUUAUCGAAAAAUUCAUAGUGCUUUGACUGAAUCGAAUCCCCGAAUCUCAUUUUAACAGCGUUACGAGUUAAAUCCAGACGGACUAUGAUUAAAUUCGGCCAUAUUCAGCGCGAGUGCUAUGAUUUAUGUCGGUUUAUUUCGCGUAGUGCGUUUUGUUAAUUUGGAAGUCGAAGCCCGGCGGUGGCGACUGCGUCGGCGCAUCGACCGAGCUUUAAGUUUCAGUGAGAGCUAGCCUCUCGGGGCCAUAUUUUCGUUUAGCUUGUAGAGUUAAGUUCGUUUUACGGUAUUAUCUUUAGCGAAGGAACGGAGCGGCAGGCGGAGGUCGGCCGCGUCCCGCGCACCUCUGUAAUCGUUCCAAAGAGCGUCGCUUGUAUUUAUUCGCCUUAAUUUAUUAUUCCGUAGUGGUAGUGCGGUCGCGUUGCGGCACGAGCGUGGCGGCGGGCGGGGGCGCCGGUCGGGCGGGCGGCUCGCGAGGCGAGCGCGUCUGGACUCUAGUGUAGUGCAUAGUGCGCGAAUGAGUGGCCGGGACCACGGUGACGUCACGGACGCGCGUCCGUGUGCGAACGUUAUACACGUCAGUUUCGAUUGAAGUUACCUUAGUGCGGUUCUCUCGCCACUGUGUGAAAUCUAUUUUAUUAAUGUUUAUACUAACGUCGUAUAAAUGUAUCUAUUCGUGUAUUUUUUUUUUACUUCUCAGUGAUAUUAUAGAAUCUCUUUCAGUAUUAUUUAUGAUGAAGUUGCAGAAUUUACGAUAAAUCACCUAAUUUGGAAUUGAAUUAUUUAAGAAUAAACAUUAUAUUUUCUUAAUAUUUACCUAAAGUAAAGGUAUAUCUCUUAACAAAAACGAUAAUUAUUUAUCAUUGUAAUAAAUUGUUAUGACAGUAAUAUUUAUUGUAAGUGUAAUAUUAAUGUUGCGAUCAUCACGAAUGUAUAGACAGAAACUGUUAGUAACGAAAAUCCGGUAAUUUCAUUUGAAAGUUCCGCCGAUGGAUUUUGUAGAAAUAGUGAAAUAUCUCGUCUAUUCGUAAUCUCUAUGUGUAAUUGUAUUUAAAUCUCUUGGUUAUGGCUUUAAUUUUAUAAGUUGUGUAACAGAGACACACAUUUUGUGAUAGUUCGGUAGCUAACAUCAAGGCCUUUUUGAAUGAAUCGGAAUUAAUUUUGAAUGAAGGCUUUAUUUAUUGUAACUAUUUUAGAAUUUAAUGUUUUGAAAAUUAAAUUUAGUCAUUAAUCGUACACUAAUCUUGUCACAUAAUUGUUAAUGUUAGGCCUCGGGAUCGUAUGGCACUCGCUAAGAAGUUGUCAAUUGAACCGGUUUGUAACUCUUGACUGUUUUACACUAAUAUAAUUUGUAUGCACUAGGCCAACUAUUUAUUUAACUUAUUCUAACUGGUUGUUAAGAAUGUUGUAGAAUACGUCUUGUUUAAAGAUGACCAUACAUACAGUUAGCAUUUUUAUUAUUAUGAUGAUUCUAAAGCCCAAACUUAUAGGUGAUACACUCAUGUCUGUCUGUAAGUUAUGGUUUUAGCUGUAGGAUAUAACUCACACUGCCAUUGUAUGUUACUGAUUGAUCCUUUAUUGAUAGUUUGUCAUUUAUUUACUUACGUUGGAACAAUCACGGGAAAUGUGUAAAUGGACAUUCUUUUGUAUUUAUUAUAAGUGUACAUUUAACAUAGUAAUUAUGACCCCUUAUAAUGUAAUUAUCGAAAGACAUUAGCUACUUAAUUUUAUGCACAGUCAUACUGCAUUUGUACACGGGCAAUUAUCAGGAAUUGCACAAUGUAACUCAUGUAAAUAAAAUAUAGGUAAUUUUGUUGUGACAUUUAAAAAAGUUUAAAUUCAUCAUGCAUGAAUAAUUAUCUAAAAAUAAAUAAAAUACCCUAUACAGUAAGUAACUUUC